AUGGACCUCCCGAUCUGUGCUACCGUCUCCGUGCUGGAGAUGGCGGCGCUCGUCGGGGUCCAGGGCUCCUCGUUUGUGCUGGCCAGCACGACCAAGCUGCAGUUCCUGUGGCUGUUCUUUGGCCUUUUCUUUGUCCAGUCGAUGCUGGUGCAGACGUUCUACGUCCUUGUCCAGCCUUUGUUCUUUUCUUCGCCUGCUAUGAGUCUGCCCGAGUCAAAGAACGACAAUGUCGUCCUCGACAACACGGAGCUGCCCACCUCGGCCGACGGCGUCGACGCGCGCAAGCAUGUCUCCCAGACACGCUGCGACUCGCUCCAGAAGCCCGGGUUUUCCGCCGGCCACCAGCUCAUCAGCACGAUUACCUGCCCGGGGAUGCUCUUCCCGGAACGGCAAGAGUUCAGCAACAACAUGCAGCGCAGGAUGAGCUUUAGUACUCUCCUUCGGCCUUCCAGUGCCUGGGGAUAG